UUAGAUUUUUAAAAGAGCAAGAGAAGCUUGAAGCUACUGAUAACUUUGUGAAAAGAAAGAAAAUGAUGAGUGGAGGGAGUGAUCUAAAAGUCCUUGUUUUAGGCUUUAUCUUCCUGUGCCUUUCCCUAGCUCUAAUCAAGAUCUUACACAUGCCAUGGUGGGCUCCAAUGAGAGUAAAACAUUUGAUGGGUUUACAAGGAGUGGAAGGUCCUUCUUAUAGAUUCAUCCAUGGAAGCACCAAAGAGAUUAUGAGCAUGCAAAAAGAAGCCAUGGCCAAACCUUUGAAAGAAUUAUCUUCAGUGGAUGGUAGUCAACGUCAAUUAGCGGUUACUGAACCAGAGUUAAUCAAAGAAAUAUUGAGUAAUAGACAAAGACUAUCCAAAAAACAAGCCUCAACUGUUUCAUCAAGAGGUGAUGUUCUUGCCUCUUCUCAAGAUGAGAAGUGGGCAAAAAUGCGGAAAAUCGCUAAUAAUGCCUUCCAAACAGAGUUUGAAAGUGACUUUGUUGCCUAAACUGUUAUCUUUCUAUUUAAACUUCAAGCUAUGGAUCACGUAACAAGAAACUCACAACUAGUUAAUACAAAAAAUGGGAUUCAUAUGCAUGUAUCCCAGCAUUUUUCCUUGUGUCA